AUGCAAGAGCAAGAGCAACCCCAUACCAAGGUUUUCACCACCCCUGAACUCCUCGAGAUCAUCCUCCUUCACCUAGACACCCGCACACUCCUCGUCUCGGCCCAGCUAGUAUGCCAAACCUGGACAGUCCUAAUCCAGCGCUCGCCCGCAAUCCAACGAGCGCUCUUCUUCCGACCAUUCACCCCAAAACCCAAAAAGGGCAAAUGGCACGCAAAAUCAAUCUGGAACUCUGUCCUUCCUUCACCCUUAAAGAAAGACACAAAGUUAGACCAAGGAAGCAUAAAUGAAUACGAAUGCUCAUACACACGGCCCAUCUACAAUCCACUCUUAGUACAAGCCUUCCGACCCUUCUUUCCAUCAGUCCAUGAAUACCCCUUUAUCCACGUUAACGAAGAAAAGGUAAUUGAAACUGAACAUGCAGGUAAAAGGCAAGGGAAGAACAACCAAUUUUCCUUUAAAUCCCUGGACAUGCUCUCAUCCCCUCAAAAGAAAUCUGCCUACAUGAGAAAAGAAGCCAGCUGGCGAAAGAUGCUCCUCCGCCAGCCGCCCGUUUGCGGAGGCGUCACCAUCUUUAAAAUGUACCAUGCGAUGGGAUGGGACUCGUAUAAAUGUUAUAAGGCCCCCAAGACCAAAUAUAAAAGAUACCUAAGAAUGGGCCACUUGUUCACAACCCUGACUCAAAAUUCCGACCUUAACUUCGGCCGCUUCGGUCAAACGCGCGUUUACUGGUCCGCUUACGUCCCGCCCUACGACCCUGGCCCCGGCCGGGGUCGUGGUAGCUACCCACCCGAAGAUGGGUCUUUCAAACCGAAGGUGAUAGAGGGAUUUUCGAAAGCGAUCGAGAAAUCAGAGGUUGUCGUAUAUUCGAGGGAGGUGAAACAGUGCAGUGAUGUGAAGGGGGAGGAGAAGGUGUUGACUGAGGAGGAGAGUUUGCGAGAGGAAAUUGCUGAGGCUGAAGCGGAGGGUCUAAAGGGCCAGAGUAAUUGA